AUGCAGGGAGGUAAUGAUAAAGAAAUGUUGGAAGCAGGUAUUAGGCCAGAAGGUGCUAUCGCAGCGGAUGGGUGCAUGGUGAAACAACCCAGUACGGAUAAAACGGACAGGAAGAGUGGACUCUUCCGCAAGAUGCUAUUGGGUAUGAAAACCAAAAGCUCCUACGGAGUGGCGUUUGGGUUGAUCUCUUCUCUCAUGGUAGGAUUCCUUGGCGGAUGGUUUGCUGGUGGAGCUGCCACGGCUGCUGGCGAAAUCAGUAAUGGGGCUGCAUCAAUGAAUGAUGUGACUACUAGCGGUAGUAAUAGUACUACAACAACGGUGUACAACUGCAACUGCACUACACCCACGGUAGUCAACAGCAGCAGCACCCAGCCAGAGCCGCCGUCACCCAAUGCAAAUUCUCGAGUGCUGUUUCCGUGGAUGGGGAGAGAAAACACGACUUGUUACAUUGGCGAAUGGUACCAGUGCGGUGAUACUAACGGUGGACUGGACGUAAAGUACUUUGACAGGCUCCGAAAAAACUGCCCAUCCAGAAACAAUUGCGACGACCUUGCCGGUUGCGCGGUUAGCAAAAGCGAAAUCUUCUUUGAAGGACCAUCCGAUGGCACAGUUCCUGACGUUGCGCGGUUAGCAAAAGGAAAGUCUUCUUCGAAGGACCAUCCGAUGGCACAGUUCCUGACGUUUAUGAUUAUUGCAGCAAUGAUAUUGCGUAUAGGCACUACCCUGAUGGAGCCUCGGUGGCAACGCGUACUCACUCAGAACUGUUCGCGCUUGCAGAGGCGUACUUGA